ACUGCGUAUUCUUUUCCAUACAAUUCUAUUUUCUUACUCAAUGGAAGGAGGCACGCGUGUACAAGAAGGCAGAGAGAAACAGAACUACAAAGCAAGGAGUUUUGAAGAAAAAUCUAUCUUAAAUGUUCUUUCCAUCUCAUGCAGUGUUUUUUCCGCAACCCCAUUAUAUAAAUAACUCAAAAGAGUUCCCUUUACUAAUAUACUUCAUGAAUCAACAAGAACAACCACAAGAACAUGAUGGGAAGAAAAUGCAGCAGACGGUCUCUUAUGGAGUUCCCAAUCCUCCUCAUACACACCCUGUUCCUCCUUUUGUUCCCACUGCCUCUAUUCUCCGAACACGACAAUUUCGUUCGUCAGCCAGCUGGUCAACUCAUCAUCACACCACACCAACGCUCCCAUUCUGAUCCGCAACAGGUGCACAUUUCAUUGGUGGGGAAAGAGAAGAUGAGGGUGUCGUGGAUAACGGAAGCGAAGCAUGCAGAAUCCGUGGUGGAGUACGGAACAGAGUCAGGGGAAUAUAGCGCAAAAUCAACGGGGGAGCAUACCUCGUACCGAUAUUUUUUGUACAAUUCCGGCAAGAUUCACAACGUUGUUAUUGGUCCUUUGAAACCAGGCACCACUUACUUCUACAGGUGUGGAGGGUCGGGCCCAGAGUUUUGUCUCAAGACACCUCCACACAACUUCCCUCUUGAAUUUGUCGUCGUUGGGGACUUAGGACAAACAGAAUGGAGUGCAUCAACCUUGAAACAUGUCGAAAGCAGGGAGUACGACGUUGCGUUGUUACCAGGAGAUCUAUCCUACGCAGACUCCCAACAACCCUUGUGGGACUCCUUUGGUCGUUUGGUGGAACCCUAUGCCAGUAAAAGGCCAUGGAUGGUUACCGAAGGCAACCACGAGAUCGAGAUUUUCCCCAUUAUUUACCCACAACCCUUCCAGGCCUACAAUGCUCGUUGGCCUAUGCCCUUCCAACAAAGUGCUUCCACCUCAAACCUCUAUUACUCCUUCCAGCUUGUUGCCACCCAUGUCAUCAUGCUAGGUUCCUACACUGACUUUCACGCCCAAUCACAACAAUACAACUGGCUCCGAUCUGAUAUCGCCAACAUUGACAGGGCCAAGACACCUUGGCUCAUUGUGUUGUUGCAUGCACCUUGGUAUAACACUAAUGAGGCACACCAAGGUGAAGGUGAAUCCAUGAGACAAGCCAUGGAAAAAUUGCUUUAUAAUGCCCGUGUUGACUUGGUUUUUGCUGGCCAUGUUCAUGCCUAUGAACGCUUCACUCGAAUUUACGAUAACAAGGUUGACUCAUGUGGACCCAUGUACGUGACCAUUGGAGACGGAGGAAAUCGAGAGGGGCUUGCGUUAAUGUUUAAGAACCCUCCAAGCCCGCUCUCGUUGUAUCGAGAACCAAGCUUCGGACAUGGAAGGUUGAGAAUAGUAAAUGAAACACACGCACACUGGUCGUGGCACCGAAACAACGACACUGAUGCUGUCAUAGCUGAUGGCGUUUGGAUAGAGAGUUUAAGCAGCUCCCAAGCAUGUUCGAUACAACAAGAUGCUCCCAACGAAGAGCUAUAAAAUUUACUGGGAGAGCUCAUUUUUCCUAUUGCACGUUAUAAUAUUGUGUUUGAGCUCAAUGCACGAUUCAAAUUUAUGCCACAUGAACCCUCUAUUUUGAUAACCUGGUAUGAAAAAUUUAGAAAAUUAUUCAUCGGGGAUUCCAAUGUGAGUUUUUAAAAUUAUAUUGGAGUGGAGUCGUCUAUUUUGAACAAUUUUGGUCUCGCAAGAAAAAGUCUAUAGUGCAACGGCAGAAAAUGAAAUACAAUGCAGAAGAUAAUUUGGCGCAGAAAAAAUAUUAAACUACAGUGCUACUAGUUUUUUACAUUUCAAUUUCAAAUGGGACCUCAAAUUCCGAACGUGGGUGGACCUAGCAAUUUCCAUUUUUAAUGAACACAAAAGCAAAGCCACCAAACAUGACUUAUUCAACCCUUCCAAUGUCGUCAUAAUAAUAGAUAUAUUUUUUACACACGCUCAUCCCCUAUCAUCAGUCCACCACGGACGGUCCUGAUCAACUCAAUCAAAUCACAUCAUCCAAUCAACGGCGCAGAUUAAAUCCUCCGUAGCUUCUCCCCUUUGAUCACCGGAUUCGCCCGAGCUAUCUCCUCUCUCCCAACCGCCUUGAAAUCGAAGCCACAGGCGUGUUUCUCGGGGUACCUGUGGGUCCCACAGAACGUGAUGCCACACCGGCACUUGAACCCGGUCAACCCCACGCGCUUCCGACACGCGCCACACCGAUUCGCCUGAAGCGGUGCGCACGCGUCCGGCGCGGUCACGACCGCCGGUUGAGGGAGGGAUUCAACCGGCGCAGGCGAGGAAACCACAGCGGUGACGGAGGCGACGGUUGCUGUUGCUGCGGCGGAGGAUGAAGACAGAGCAGUUUCGAUGGUGGAUUUGGUUUUGGCUUGUUCUUCUUCCUUGAGUCGGAUGUCUCUGUAGCAUUUAGAACAGAGAUUCAUGGUGGCGGGGCUGCCGAAGAAGCCGCAGUUGUUGGCGCAGAGUCUGUGACCCUCGGGAGCUUGGCAUCGGUGUUCUUCGGCCAUGUCUGGAUCUGUGAGAAAAAAAUCUACAAGGAUGCACAAUACUUGAAUGAUGGGAUUGAUGAUUGGGCGAAAAUCGGAGGAAUAAUUGAAAAAGUGAUGAAUCUGGCGUUUGGAAUUAUUACGUAUAAAUAGAGAAAUCACAGAUUAGAAAUUGAAGAAAGGAGUGCCGAAAAUAGGGGAUUUUAGUUUUGUACAACGAAAGUUACAAGAAAACGAUUCUUUUAAUUUAAAUUGUUGAAAAGAAGAUAGAAAAAUAAGGGUUGUUGAUAU